GUUAAUGUAUAGAUUGUAUGGGUAGAGUUGUAUUGUGGUUAACUUGCAGAAGUUUGCUCUACUACAGAUUGUAUUGGUGGAGAGUGCUGUAGCAUCUUGGAAGGGAAGGGUAUUGGAAAUGCAGUCAAAUAGUAAAUAAUAUAAACUUUUCAAUCAGUAUUUAACAUAUUUAAUGUUAUCUAACAUUGCUGACUCUUUAUUACAAACAUAGGUCAAGGGAAAUGUCAGUACAAAUAUCCUGCACCUGGUUAUUGUGUUUCCUUCUUAUGUGCUGUAAGCCAACAUGAGAUGUUGUAAUAGGGUUACAUAUAUUGUCGUUCCUGGGAUCUAGAGUCACGUUUCCUUUCUCCAUUCUGAGUUGCUUCAGAUAUACUGAUUUUAUAUAUUUAACCAUCAGGUGCUGAUUUAUAUCAUUAUUUGGACAACAAGGUGCCCAAUCAUACUGGAAAAAAAGAUGAAAAAGAAACACCUGCAACAAUCUUUCUGGUCUCUUGGUGGCACUCUUCUACAAUGCCUGAGUCACGGAUGUUUGUGUCUUUUUCAAUCUGUGUCAGUGGAACUGGAGCACUGGGUUGAGGGGUGUUGUGCAUGGAUGCGCAUUUGUGCCUGUGUGCAUGAUGGAGAGGAGGAGAGUGCGGCUGUGUACCAGUGAGACCGAGUGAGUCAGAGAGAGAUAGAGAGAGAGAAGUGGAGGAAUAGGAAAAGCGAGGGCAGAAUACAAGCUGGCAGCAUCCCUAAUAGAGCAUGAUUAACUCGGCAAGAGAAGCAGAGAGCUGCUGGAUUACAGCAGCGUUUGCAGCUUUAUAAUAUUUAUAGGAUUUAAAUAAAAUGUCGACUGCGCAUCCUUUUCUUAAAGCAUGCUGUAUGAUGGAUCUUCGCAUCAGCCUAAAAUGGUGGAUUAAUUUUUUGCUCUACGCUCUUCUUUGCGGUGUUUCACUUGGAGAAGUCCGUUAUGUUUUUCCUGAAGAGAUGAAGAGGGGCUCGGUUAUUGGGAACGUUGCGUUGGAUCUUGGGCUGCAGGUGUCGGACCUUCAAGCACGUCGAGCCCGUGUCGUUGCAGAAGGAAGCAGCCAGCUCUGUGAACUGGACACCACCUCCGGCAAUCUUUUGAUAAGCCAACGAAUAGACCGAGAGGAGCUGUGUGCACAAGCCAACACCUGCAUUCUACAGUUUCAGCUUUUACUCGAAGAUCCACUUCAAGCCUUCAGCUUAGUGUUGGACAUUGUGGACAUAAAUGACAACAGCCCAGUGUUUGCCACAGGGGAUGUAAAGCUAGAUUUAGUCGAAUCUACAGUUCCAGGGAGGCGCUUUCCUUUGGAGAGCGCGCAUGACCCAGAUUUGGGCACUAACUCGAUCCGUGAAUAUAAGCUGAGCCACAAUGAUCACUUUGCUCUAGAAAUGAGCACCCAGAUAAAUGGUAACACUUAUCCAGAAUUAGUUCUUAAAAAGCAAUUGGAUCGGGAAGCAAAAGCCGAACAUCUACUGGAAAUCAAUGGGAUUGAUGGAGGAAAUCCAGUCAGAUCAGGAACUGCUUUCAUCCGCAUCCGUGUUUUAGACGCCAAUGACAAUGUCCCACUUUUUAGCCAAAGAGUUUACAAGGCAUCUGUGCCAGAGAAUUCAGCCAUAGGGACUCUUAUAACAACUUUGAAUGCCACGGACUUAGACGAGGGGGUCUACGGAGAGAUAACUUACUCCUUCAGUUACCUGUCCGACAAGAUGGGAGGAAUUAUUGAAGUCAGCCCCCUGACUGGAGAGGUUCGGGUGGCAGGUGUUAUUGACUAUGAGGAAGCACACUCACAUGAGCUGGGAGUCCAAGCCAAAGAUGGGGGUGGCCAGGCCUCACACUGUAAACUUGUAAUUGAUGUAAUUGAUUUGAACGACAAUGACCCAGUGAUAGAAAUAAAGUCAGUGUCUGCUAACGUGGCUGAGGACGCCAAACCAGGAACUAUGGUUGCCCUGAUAAAUAGUUAUGACAUGGACACUGGCAGCAGCGGGCACGUCACAUGUUCAAUCUCAGACAAUGUUCCAUUUAAACUAGUGUCAGAGGUCAAAAACUAUUUCAUGUUAGUGACUGACGAAAUGCUGGACAGAGAAUUUCAAGCAGAGUACAACAUCACAGUCACCGCCACUGAUUCAGGUUCACCCUCACUCUCGAGCGUUAAAGUUAUAACAAUUGUGGUUAUUGAUGUAAAUGAUAACCCGCCGAUAUUUACACACUCCCAGUACAAUGCUAACAUUUUGGAAAACCAGCCAGUGGGCACAUUGGUGCUAAAAGUCAAAGCAGAGGACAGUGACAAUGGAGCUAAUGCUAAAAUAUUUUACCACAUAUCAAAGGACACAAAUUCAGAAGUCUCGUCUUUUCUCACCAUUAACCCAGAUACAGGGGAGCUCUUCACAUCACGUUUGUUUGAUUACGAACAGUCUGCCCACUUCCAAAUGAAGGUGACAGCUCGAGAUGGAGGUGAUCCUCCAUUUUCCACCACCUGCACCGUAAAUGUUUUUAUUCAGGACCAAAAUGACAAUGUGCCUGUUAUCCUGUAUCCUGUCCAAACCUCGGGGUUCAUUGCUGAAGAUGUGGUGCCGAUUGAAGCACCCAGAGGUUACCUGGUUACUAAGGUGGUGGCUGUUGAUGCGGACAGUGGGCAUAACGCGUGGCUCUCCUACAGAAUAAUCAAAGCAACGCGGUCCAAUCUGUUCAUGGCAGACCUGCAUACGGGAGAAAUCCGAACUCUGCGGGCAUUCAUGGAGGAUGAUGAGCCCAAACACACUCUUGUGGUUUUGGUAACUGAUAACGGGCGUGAAUCUCUUUCUGCCACUGCGACAGUCAGCAUAACGCUCGGCGACGGGCUGCCUGUCUUGAGUGAACUUUAUGAAUUUGCAGAUGAGUCACAGGAAAAAGAUAACUUGACGCUCUAUUUAAUAAUUGCUUUAUCAACCGUUUCAUUUCUUUUCAUCUUGCUAAUCAGUAGCGUGUUUUAUUUUAAUCUCUGUCGGCGCGGCUAUGUUUACCGUUCAACUACAAGCAGUCUCCCCGUUUUCCCCACGACAUACUGCACCUCUACGCUUACUGAUUUUAGCCGGUGUGGGACCUUGCUGAGAGAAGAUCGAUACGACCCUUUCAUGACCACGGGUUCGUGGAGAGGCGAUUUUCGUUUUGGGUCGAACACAGACACUGACACGCUCAAGAAAAGAAGUGCAGCUUAUCAAAAGAGCACGCUGAGGCGCCUAAGCACAGAGAGACCCAGUCUGAAGGUCAGAGCAGGACCAACUCAUCCUUGUUAUGUGAUUAAAUGAGCAUCAAAGAGUAGGUUGUUCAUCUGUUAAUUUGAUAACAAAUGCAUUCAUUCUACCAGAGACAAAUUUAGUCAUUUGGGGGCUCAAGUCAAACUACAACUACUAUGCUCCCAACUUAACUUUUACAUUAUUUUUUCAAAACUUACAAAUAAACAUUACUGGUUUGCUAAUUGUUGCACAUUACAGGAGUAAGGAAAGUAUGUAAUUUAUAAUAACAUUGUUCUCUAAAUCUAUUUAUAUGUUUGUGUCAAGAAAAGUAGGAUCUUGGUUCACUUAAAAGGUGCAGAUGUUUUUGGGAAGUGGUGCUAUUCUAUAAUAGGAGUAUGCUACAUUUUUCCUGAUAUUGGUUAAAGGUGCAUGUAAGUAAUCAACAAUGUAAUAAUAGCUGACAAGGAAAUUACUUAUGAACCGAUACAGUAAGAGUUUGACAAUAAUGUAACGAGUUAUUAUAUUAUUGCCUUGUUAUGUUGAUAGUCAGUAAAUAGGACUGCAUUUCUUGGAGAUAAAUUACUUUUUACAGUUUGUAUGCAGUUUCUUCAUCAAAAAUAAGCAUAGUGGAAGCCAUAGUCUUUACAACUAAUGUUCAAUUCUCAGAAGUGCAGUUCUAAAAACAGUAACAACAACAACAACAACAACAA